AUGGGAAGCACCACUGGAUUUCUCUGCACAUCCCUGGCUGGCCUCACCAUCCUGGUUUGGUGCCAAGCACAGAGUAGCACCAGGAAUUAUGGGCCAGUGUUUGAAGAGCAGCCUGUCCACACCCUCUUCCCUGAAGGCUCAGAAGAAGAGAAGGUCACCAUGGCUUGCAGAGCAAGAGCCAGUCCUCCUGCCACCUACAGGUGGAAGAUGAAUGGCACAGAGAUAAAGAUGGAGCCAGAUUCCCGUUACAGGCUGGUUGCAGGUGACCUAGUGAUAAGCAACCCAGUGAAAGCCAAGGAUGCUGGAUCCUACCAGUGCGUGGCAUCCAAUUCCAGGGGCACAGUGGUCAGCAGGGAAGCCUCCCUCCGCUUUGGCUUUUUGCAGGAAUUCUCUGCAGAAGAGCGAGACCCCGUGAAGAUCACGGAAGGCUGGGGAGUGAUGUUUGCCUGCAGCCCUCCUCCCCAUUACCCAGGCUUGUCCUAUCGAUGGCUCCUGAAUGAGUUUCCCAAUUUCAUCCCGGCCGACGGGAGGCGUUUUGUCUCUCAGACCACAGGAAACCUUUACAUUGCCAAGACAGAGGCUUCUGACCUGGGCAACUAUUCCUGCUUUGCCACCAGCCACAUCGACUUCAUCACCAAGAGCGUUUUCAGCAAGUUCUCCCGGCUCAGCCUGGCUGCAGAGGAUGCCAGGCAGUAUGCACCCAGCAUCAAAGCCAGGUUUCCUGCAGACACCUACGCUCUGGCUGGGCAGAUGGUGACUCUGGAGUGUUUUGCCUUUGGAAACCCUGUUCCUCGAAUAAAGUGGAGGAAACUGGAUGGCUCUCAGUCCUCCAAGUGGAUCGGCAGCGAGCCCCUCCUGCAGAUCCAGGAGGUUGGCUUUGAGGAUGAAGGCACUUACGAGUGUGAGGCUGAAAACAUCAAAGGGCGAGACACCUACCAGGGCCGCAUCAUCAUCCAAGCUCAGCCCGAGUGGCUGGAGGUGAUCACGGACACGGAGGCUGACAUCGGCUCCGCGCUGCGCUGGAGCUGCGCGGCCGCGGGCAAACCGCGCCCCAGCGUGCGGUGGCUGCGGGACGGGCAGCCCCUCAGCUCCCAGAACCGCAUCGAAGUGAGCGGUGGAGAGCUGAGAUUUUCCAAGCUAGUCCUGGAGGACUCUGGCAUGUAUCAGUGUGUGGCUGAGAACAAGCAUGGCACAGUUUAUGCAAGUGCUGAAUUAACAGUGCAAGCCUUAGCACCAGAUUUUAGACUAAACCCAGUGAAGCGACUGAUUCCUGCAGCUCGAAGUGGGAAGGUCAUCAUCCCAUGCCAACCAAGGGCAGCACCAAAAGCCACUGUGCUCUGGACCAAAGGGACUGAGCUCCUGACCAACAAUAGCAGGGUGACUAUUACCACAGAUGGCACCUUGAUCCUCCAGAAUAUCAGCAAGUCUGAUGAGGGGAAGUACACCUGCUUUGCUGAGAACUUCAUGGGCAAAGCCAACAGCACUGGAAUCCUCUCUGUUCGAGAUGCCACCAAGAUCACAUUGGCACCAUCUAGUGCCGAUAUCAACGUCGGUGAAAACCUCACUCUACAAUGUCACGCGUCCCACGAUCCCACCAUGGACCUGACCUUCACCUGGUCACUAGAUGACUUCCCCAUUGACUUUGACAAGUCCGAGGGGCACUACCAGCGUGCCAGCCUG